CCGUGAGGCCUAGAGGCGCCGCCGCCGCGGAACCGGAGGGACGCCGCGCCGGACAGCCGUCGCCCCGGGCUCCCUGCCGCUGUCCGGACCUCCCCCCGCACGUCCCGGUCCCGCCACCCGCCCCCGCUGCGGCCCUCUCGCAGGUCUCCCGCCCCUCGAAACCACAGAUCAUCUUCGGAUUCUUCCCCAGAAGCUUCAAGUAGGGAUAUGUCCUCAGCACCAACUACUCCUCCAUCAGUGGAUAAAGUAGACGGAUUUUCUCGGAAGUCCGUCAGAAAAGCCAGACAGAAGAGGUCGCAAAGUUCCUCACAGUUUAGGUCUCAAGGCAAGCCUAUUGAGUUAACACCUCUGCCGCUGCUAAAAGACGUUCCGUCCUCAGAGCAGCCUGAACUGUUCCUAAAGAAACUUCAGCAGUGCUGUGUCAUUUUUGACUUCAUGGACACGCUAUCUGAUCUUAAAAUGAAAGAAUACAAGCGCUCCACUCUUAAUGAACUGGUGGACUACAUUACAAUAAGCAGAGGCUGUUUGACAGAGCAGACUUACCCUGAAGUAGUUAGAAUGGUGUCUUGCAAUAUAUUCAGAACUCUCCCUCCUAGUGACAGCAAUGAAUUUGAUCCAGAAGAAGAUGAACCUACCCUUGAGGCAUCAUGGCCACACUUACAGCUUGUAUAUGAAUUUUUCAUACGAUUUUUGGAAAGCCAAGAAUUCCAACCCAGCAUUGCCAAAAAAUACAUAGAUCAGAAAUUUGUAUUACAGCUUUUGGAGCUAUUUGACAGCGAAGACCCUCGGGAACGGGACUACUUAAAAACAGUCUUACACAGAAUUUAUGGCAAAUUUCUUGGUCUUAGAGCAUUUAUCCGAAAACAGAUUAACAAUAUUUUUCUAAGGUUUGUUUAUGAAACAGAACACUUCAAUGGUGUAGCCGAACUGCUGGAAAUAUUAGGAAGUAUUAUCAAUGGCUUUGCUUUACCUCUUAAGGCAGAACACAAACAGUUUCUGGUGAAAGUGUUGAUCCCUUUACACACUGUCAGGAGCCUAUCACUCUUCCAUGCCCAGCUGGCAUAUUGCAUAGUACAGUUUCUGGAGAAAGAUCCUUCACUCACAGAACCAGUUAUUAGGGGGUUAAUGAAAUUUUGGCCUAAAACAUGUAGUCAAAAAGAGGUCAUGUUCCUUGGGGAGCUGGAAGAAAUAUUGGAUGUGAUCGAACCCUCCCAGUUUGUUAAAAUCCAAGAACCUUUGUUUAAACAAAUUGCCAAAUGUGUAUCUAGCCCCCAUUUUCAGGUGGCGGAAAGGGCACUGUAUUAUUGGAAUAAUGAAUACAUCAUGAGUUUGAUAGAAGAAAACUCGAAUGUCAUCCUUCCCAUCAUGUUUUCCAGUCUUUAUAGGAUUUCAAAAGAACAUUGGAAUCCGGCUAUCGUGGCGCUAGUGUAUAAUGUGUUGAAGGCAUUUAUGGAGAUGAACAGCACCAUGUUUGAUGAGCUGACAGCCACAUACAAGUCAGAUCGUCAGCGUGAGAAAAAGAAAGAAAAGGAACGUGAAGAAUUGUGGAAAAAACUGGAGGAUCUGGAAUUAAAGAGAGGUCUUAGACGUGAUGGCAUAAUUCCAACUUAACAGAAAUAACGACAGCAGCAUCACUAACCUGUGGAGUCACACAUUUAUGUAGUAGAAGAUGGGAGGAACAGUUUUCUGUAUUGUGCACCUUUGCAGUAGAUUUCACAUUUGUUUCAUUAUUACAACAGCACUGUAUAUACCUGUCUCUAAGUAAAGGAAAAAAAAAAAAAAAAGGACUUCAGUCCAAAGUUUGGACAGUAGAUGGACUUCUCAGAACUUUGCAAACAUAAUCAUUGUUCUAACCCUCUUUAAAAAAAAAAAAAAAAACCACACAAAAAAACAAAAAACAGUCUUCAGAGAUCUGUUGAUGAAAUUGCUAUGUUAAAAUUCUAUUAUCAGGAGUUCCUUAUUUAUCCUUAGCAGAGAGUAUGAAACAAUUUUCAAAUGUGAACAAUCUUAAAUUUAGCUUGUCUUUCUGCUAAGCUGUUAAAUGUAUUUAUAGUAAUGGAAGAAAAAAAAACUGUCAUUUCCUUAUCAGUUUGUAUAACAUCCUCCUCUGGAUAACUUGACUGUAAUUUAACAUCUUUUCCUUUUGCACAUCUUCAUGAGUUGAAUGUCCAUGUGGAAGGGGGCCAUGAAUUGUGAAGGUCCCUGGUAAAAGUUUUGUUUACUGGAGUGAACAUCUUUCCAGUAACCAGGUAGUCCUGGUACUCCUUUAGUUUUAAAAUUAGGAGUAAAAGAGAAGAGGUGAUAAACAUAGUAGGGAAGGGAAUUUUGGGUUCAUGCAUCCAGUUUAUGGUGGAUCCAAAUCAAUGUCUUGAAUCCUUUGAAAACAGGUACUGGGACAUCAUAGGCUUCAGUACCUGACCAGUAUUAGUUGCAUCCAUCAUUGAACACACAUACCAGAGAUGUUUGAGAAAUGUCAGAAAACAUCCUUUUGGACCAUUUUGUAAUAAGAAAGACAAACACUAAACAGUACAACCAUGAGAUUGAUCACCAGGAUUGUGAAUCUAAUUGGGAAGAGAGUUGAGCAAACAGCUUGGACUGUUUGGAGUUGUUGCCUUACUUUUUAAUAUGUAUUUAUAAAGUAUUCCAGCAAAAGAGGAUGUAGCCUCUGGGAAAAAACAAACAUAUUACAGUGUUUUUUGUAGAUUCUCGUUCUAUAUCUCAUCAUAGCGCCAGCCCUGUUUUUAGCCAGAAAGGAUUCAGGAUAAACAUUAUUAUGCAUUCUGAAUUGGAUGCGUAUUCCUAACUACUGUAUUUGUUACCAAAAGUGGUUCUACAAAUGCUACUGAAAAAAAAAAAUCUGGAAAUCCCUAAUGUCCUGAGUAUUAAUAAUAAAGUUUAAAAAUGCUUUUAUAUCAAAGGUGCAUUGUGACCAAAUUGUUUAAGAAAAAAACAAAAACAAAAUUUAGGGCUGUAUUAUAGAUCUAUACCUUAUUGGCUCUCUGCUUUGUAUUUAAAAGAGGAAUCUUACUACAUCUUGGGGAGAUAAGAUGCUGAUGAAAUUUGUGUCCAGUAUGUACUUAACCUGAUGCGGUUGCAUUAUUAUGUACUGAAAGAUAACGUGUUUUGGAAUUUAUUUUCAGGAUGCUUUUGCUUGUUAUGGACGUGGCAGCAGUGAGUUGAUAAUCCUAAACCUUCACCUCCAGCAGUAUUCGUGGCAUAGGGCUGAUUCUGUGUUCAUGUAUUGAAUUGUGAUAGUAGCAAACAUGAACAUAUGAAAUGUUGUUGCUCUUAAUAGAAAUAUAAUAUCAAUAUGGACUUGUAUAUUUUCUUCCUUCCACUUAAAUAUAAAGUAGAAUAUGCAGUUUUAUCGUUUCCAAGAAAAAAGGAAAAUAAAAGCCGCUGACCUUUCUCCCCUAUUAAGUGUUUCAGGAUUAUCAGGUCACAGUUUGUGCGUAAAAAAAGUCUGCUAAUUAUGGAUAUUGUCAUCUCAGUAACUUUGUAAAACAAAAACAAAACUUGGCUAUGUUAAUUCUGAAAAAGAAACAGCAGUAAAAGAGUCAUAUGCAACACCCAACACAACAUGGUUUAAUUGAAUGAAGAUUUUUUUUUUUUUUUUUUUUUUUAAGAACAUUAAUGGGGAUUCAAUGUAAAGCUGGCAGAGGCUGCUGAAAUGAAACAACUUACUUUAAAAGUGCUGGAGCAAAGGUGCAAGUUCAAACACUAAAGAUAAAAAAUAAAUUUGUAACAAAUCAUCUCCUUUAGCUCUUUUGAUUUGAGCCCCGUUAGUUUUGAGUCUGCAUUACAUUUGUUUUUGACAGUAUAAACUUGUUUGCCAUUAAUUCAUCUUUUUAGAUAGAGGACGUUUAAAAUCCCUGGUUCAUGAACUCUCUGCCCAUUACAACGAAACGCAGUCAUUUGCGAUGAGAAAAACGAGGAUCCUGUCGUGCACCUCUGCCUGCCUCCGAGCAAAGGUGAGGACUGCACAGAUACCCUUGAUGUUAAAUCUGGACGUUGACCAUUCCAAACUGAGAAGAACAAAGCCGAAUUUUAGACAUACGUACAGAAGCAAUUAUAAAUUUAUGUCUAAAAUGUAUAGGGCAACUUCUGAGAAGAAACGCUGUCUUUCCUUUUUUAAACCGAAAGUGACAAUGUGACAUCUGUCAUGUUGUGUCCGGUGGCGCAGAGUAACCGAGGUGACCUGACUGUUGCACUCUGUGACAUAGUUAAGGCCGUACUUGCUGCAUUCACAGCAGCCCCCUCUCUCUGUCCUUUCCCACAUUUCUGCUGUUGUUGCAGCCUGACUUAAUUGUGACAAAUGCAUCUUUGUGUUCUAUUUUGUUGGCUUCAUAAUUUCCAGAACUAUAUAUAAAUAUAUUUUUUAAAUAGCAAAUAUUGUAGUUAGUGAGUGACGAUCACUCCAGCCUCAUCCCUACCAUAUUGGUUUCAGGGAUAGGAUAAAGAGUGUCUUUGGAAGAAAAAAAAAAAACAAAAAAAACAAAAAACGAAAUCAAACCAAACCCUGUGGUUUUAGAAUGAUGCCGAGGUCUUAGGCUGUGGGCCUAGAACAACCAUGUGAGUGAACUGACCCAUCUCAUACUUUGAAUCAAGCAUGCAUUCCUUUUCUCGUUGUGCAAGUGGUCCCCAGUUGUUUCCCUCCCGUGUUGUGUUUUUGUUCCUUUAAAUUUUAUUAUAUUUUGCUCUCCCUGACAUCUGACUGUUUUUUAUAAAAAAUAAAAUAAAAUAAAAAAUAAAAAAAAGUAAGAAAUAACUAAUACCCUCGAUGCCGCUGGAUACUCACAAGCAGGGUUAUGCUCCUUCAUCUUGGGCUUGCUUGCCUAAAUGGAAGGGUUUAAUUUAUUUUGUACCUCCUAUGCGUGGGACAGUCCAGGAAAGAGCCAGGAAUUGCUUGUAAUUGCACCUGCUAUACAGAAAUGUAUAGCCCUAGGCUCAAUCACACUAUGGAAAGAAAAAAAAAAGUAUAUUUAGAGCUUUAAAAGCUUUUUUAUUUUUUUGUGGGGAUCGGGGGGUGGGAAAGGGAAGAUGUAUGGAUGUUACUGGCAUUUUUAAGUCUUCAGAGUUUUUCUGUGUUUUUUUUCCCCCCUUCUGUUUUGUCCUUUGCCUUUAAUUAGGUGCACUGAGCUGGCCCAGGAAAUGAAGAGAUUCUCUCUUUUGAUGCUAUUACCAAUGUUAUCACAAAGUUGUGUCACCUGUAGCAAAAAGGUGGCACCAGACAUGAUCAGUGGUGUUUUAUUUGCACAUCAAUAUUUUUAUUUUUAUAUUCUGGCUCAGCUGCUUCUCUGAGUGAAGUUAAGGAGUGACCCACAAAGGAUUUUUGUAGUAGGCAUAUUGGCAAUGUGUUUUAUAUUUCUCAGUAUUUAAUUUUGAAAAUCUAAAAGGAUUGUGCAUCUUGAGAGAAAGUUGAGCAAAUUUUGAUCUAGUGGAAUGUUAAUUUGUGCUGCUUCCUGUGCACGACAGCAGCAGUAAUCUCUCUCUUGGAAAUAAACAUCCCAGUUUAUGAUGUCUAUGAAUAUAGGUUUCCUUUUCUUCCCUUCCUCCUUCCCACCCUUCCCCCCGCCCCGCCCUGCCUCCUUCCUGCCUUCCUUCCCUUCUACCUUCUCCGUUCCCUCCCUUCCUUCUCUUUCUUUACUUUUUUUUUUUUUUUUGAAAUCACUUAUUGUAAAUAAGUUGUAAUCCAGACCUCAUGUAUCAAUGGGGAACUUUCAAAUAUAAAUAUUACCAAUACAUUUUCUGGUUGUUGUCUGAUUUUUGAUUGAGGUCUCGUGAGAAUGACAUAUCCAUUGGUUUUCGUUUGAAAAUUGCGCUUUAGCCUCAUCAAUCUUUUGGUAUUGUAGUAUUCUAUUGUUUUAGCAGGAGAGGGCAGCAAAAGUUUAUGUUCCCUGUUAGAAAUGCCGUGGUUCGUAUUGGUUUUCAAUUUAAUUGUGUGUGCGUGUGUGUGUGUGUGUGUGUGUGUGUGUGUUUAAAACAGCAUCUGUUUGUCGGCAGAGGUAAAAAUGAAACAUUUUUGAUACGAAAAGUUGCAUAUGAAAAUUAUAGACUGGUUUAACCAGACAGUGAAGACUUCUGAUCCACAUCAAAAUUCAAAUGCCACAAAACAAUCUUCCAGCUCUGGCUAAAAUAUGCUACUUCCUUUUCAAACACAACAAAAUGCAAGCUGAGUCUGAAACACUUGGAAUUUAAGAUGUCUUUCUUUGAAAAUGAUUUACUUUCUUCAAAGUGGUAACAGAAACAAAAAUGAAGGUGCUCCCAAAGAGAAAUGUAACCUUCCCCUUUCACAGCCAUGUGAGAGGCUCUGUACUGUGGGUGCAUCCUAAUAAAGCAGCAAAGAGUUUUCAGGUG